AUGAAACGAGCUCGUGGCGUUCUGCUCCCAUCAGUGCUGCAGCAUUGGUGUGCGUUGGCGCGCAGCUCAAAGAGAGGGGCGCCUCUGCAGUUUGUUGCUGCCGCUAUCAGUGGUCCAUGUGCUCUUCACUGCGUGACACGGUGCCACUACCAUGACUCCUACCACUGCACCUCUUGGGAGACGCGUAGUAGCGGUAAAGACACUUCCUCCGGCUUGUCCUCUUCUUCUUACCCCAACACAGAACAGGCGAUCAAGGCCAUCUCAAACAUGUCAUCGAGCGAUUGUAAGGGUGAGGCGGAGAUGCUGGCGGUCCUCCAGGCGCUGCACAUGGACCUCCCCACCAUCUCCCACGAGGACAAGCACACCGUGGAGGAGGCAAACAAGGAACUGGAUCGAUUUGGUACACCGUGCGUUGGCACCAAGAACAUGUUCCUCAAGAGCAAAAAGGACGAGUUGGUGCUCGUAACAGCGCUGCACAACACCAAGACGAACAUGAAGACGGUGCAAAGCGCAUUAAAUAUCAAGGACCUCCGUUUCGCAUCUGAUGACAUUCUGCGCGAAAACAUGGGUGUUGUGAAGGGAAGUGUCACGCCAUUGGCGCUCGUAAAUGACACGUCAAAGAAAAUCAAAGUGGUCCUGGACAAGGCGCUGAUAGAAAGUCCCAUUCCUGUUGUUCUGCAUCCAUGCCGUAAUGACAAGAGCUCUCUAAUAACGCCAAGGCAGCUACAGGAUUUUUUGACCAAGCUUGAGUACACCUUUGUCGUGGUGGAUUUCGCUGAGGAAGCCGCUUCUGGGCAGCCCGCUCCUACUGAUAACGUGAAGGCGAAAUCGGCACCCCCUAAACAGGGAACAGGGAAAAAGUCGUCUGCGACCGCUGCUGACACCGCUGAUGCCUCAGGUGAAACAAAGUUGGGCAUCAUGGUGAAACGCGAUGAGAACUUCUCGCAGUGGUACACUGAAGUGAUCACCAAGGCGGAGAUGAUUGAGUAUUAUGAUGUCUCAGGUUGCUACAUCAUUCGCCCGUGGGCCUACUUCAUCUGGAGCCGCAUCCAAAAAUUCCUUGGCGGCCGUAUCGAACAAAUGGGCGUCGAAGACUGCUACUUCCCCAUGUUUGUAUCCAAAACAUGCCUAGAACGGGAGAAGGACCACAUUGAAGGUUUUGCGCCAGAAGUUGCGUGGGUAACAAAGGCUGGUGAAAAGGAUCUUGAGGUGCCGGUCGCGAUCCGCCCAACCAGUGAGACUGUCAUGUACCCGUACUAUGCCAAGUGGAUUCGCUCACACCGCGAUCUACCGCUACGACUGAAUAUGUGGAACAACGUUAUCCGUUGGGAAUUCUCACAUCCCACGCCGUUCAUCCGCACCCGCGAGUUCCUCUGGCAGGAGGGGCAUUGUGCGUGGGCUACGGCUGAAGAGUGUGGGCGCGAGGUGCUGGAAGUCCUUGAUAACUAUGCCGCUGUCUACGAACAGCUUCUUGCUGUUCCAGUUGUGAAGGGUAAGAAGACGGAGAAGGAGAAGUUUGCCGGUGGCUACUACACCACGACUGUGGAGACAUAUAUCGCUGCAGUGGGACGUGGCUGCCAGGGCGCGACAAGCCACAACCUUGGUCAGAACUUCGGUAAAAUGUUCGAUAUUAAGUUCCAAGAUCCAGAAAAGAAUGAUGGCUCCACCUUGAUACCGUGGCAGAACUCCUGGGGACUGUCGACCCGAGUUAUUGGUGUCAUGAUAAUGGUGCACGGCGACGAUCGCGGCAUGGUGCUGCCGCCUCCCGUCGCCUCUGUCCAAGUUGUCAUCAUCCCUGUGGGCAUCACGAAGGACACCACCGAACAAGAGCGCGUGGAGUUGCUUGAAAGCUGCAAGACCCUCGAAAAGGAGUUGGUGAGCGGUGGCAUUCGUGCCAAGUCAGACCUGCGUGACAACUACAGCCCGGGGUGGCGUUUCAACCACUGGGAAGUGAAGGGGGUCCCAGUGCGUGUGGAGCUAGGACCGAGAGAGUUGGCGUCGCGGAAGCUUUCCCUUGUGCUGCGGUGCAAUGGAAGCCGCCGCACUGUUACGUGGGAUACUCAGCUGAGCAGCAACUUGUUGGCCCUCAUGGAAGAAAUUCACAACACCAUGCUCUCGAAGGCUAUAAAAGAGCGCCAGGAAAACACGAAACAGUUAACAGAGUGGAAGGACUUCACCCCCGCACUAAACAAGAAGGCCUUGGUGCUGGCGCCGUGGUGCGGCGAGAUGUCCUGCGAGGACCAGGUAAAGAAGGAUACCGCAGAGGAGUCCAAGGCGAUGCAAAGCGAAGAUGUGCGCGAAGACGAACGGGCUCCCAGUAUGGGUGCGAAGACGCUCUGUAUUCCGUUCGACCAGCCUGGGCCCAUCGAGGGCAAGACCUGUAUCUGCAAGAGCUGCGACAGGCCGGCGAAGGAGUGGGUGCUCUUUGGACGCAGUUACUAA